GAUCCAUCUUUCAUGGAAGAGAAACUUUCUCCUUACAAGUGUGAUGGAAAUGAAGCCAUCCACUUCAAGUUAGUGAGAACAGCUUCUGACGUUACCAAUGACAACACAACCUUCCAUCCUGAGAUGACACACCAAAUAUUUGGCGACAGUGAGGCUAUAUUUGGCUACAAAGACUUGAAGGUUGAGGUAUACUACAGUGCAGCGAGGCUCAACACAUAUGUUAACAUGCACUUCUCAGAUAAAGUCUCCCCACAGAAGUUUGACGGUGUUCUGGCAGAUGAUGUCAUCAAGCAGGUAGCAGAUCACAUGCCUCCUGGGUUUCACUCCAAUUUGGAUGAGUUUAUAGCCCUACUGCAUAAAGAUGCCAGCUUCAAACCUUUUGGAGAAUUAAAACACUCAUACACUGUAACUAAAGAUGGUAAUGUUCGACAGUUUGAGAUCUACCAGACUGGGAUAGAUACCCCAGGAUUCAGGGAGUACCACGAGAGGCUACAGACAUUCUUGUUGUAUUAUGUCGAUGCUGCAUCUUUCAUUGAUGUUGAUGAUGAUAGGUGGCAGUUCUUUCUAUGCUUUGAAAAGUACAAGAGCAAUGGUAACCCUAUGUAUGCUGUAGCUGGAUAUAUGACUGUGUAUAACUACUAUGCCUACCCUGACAGCAUACGUCCCAGAGUUAGUCAGAUGUUGGUGCUGCCACCUUUCCAGAGGCAAGGCCAUGGCUCACAAAUGCUACAAACAUUCUAUAAUGGUUGCUAUAACAGAAAUGACAUCAGGGAUAUCACAGUUGAAGACCCAUCAGAAAAUUUCCAGAAGAUGCGUGACUUUGUUGAUGCUGGGAAUUGUAUGAAGCUGAAAGAGUUCCAGCCUGAAAGGUUACUAGAGGGCUUCUCAGAUGACAUGGAGUGGGCCGCUAGACAUAAACUCAAAAUAAAUAAGAGACAGGCAAGGCAGGUGUAUGAAAUACUCCGACUUAAGGCCACAGACAUGAACAACCCAGAACAGGCUAAAGCCUAUAGAAUAGAUAUAAAGAAAAGGCUCAAUAUUCCAUUUCAGAAAAAUGGAAAAGACUUCAAUAAAAUCUCUAAGACGCUAUCAGAUGAUGAACUAAGUGCAACUUUACAAAUACCCAAGGAACAGAGACUUGCUUACCUAGAAAACACUUACAAAGAAAUCACAGACAGUUACUUAAAAAUCAUUGAGAAAUUAGCAAUAUCUUGAGACAUAAAGCCAAGACAACCCAACAAAAUGCCUCAAAACCAGAUCUAAAUUUAUAUUAUUUUAGGAAACAUUUUUUGAAUAAAUGAAAAUGCUGUUUUUAAAAAAGCAAAUAAACAUAUUUUGUUAAAUACUUACAUGGAAAAACAAAAAUAAAAUAAAAAUACUUACAUGGAGAGGGCUAUAUUUAAAA